UCUUGUGAAACCAGUGCAGUGUGUCUGUGCGUAUGAGGCCCUCAUGAGUUUCAGCUGAUCUUAAAAAACCACAAGUAUGACAUGUUUCUUUACCUAUAGGUUGUGAAGGCUAAGUCUGGGUUGUUUUGGAACCAGUUCACCACACAUCUUCAACACUUGGCUUCUGUUCCCAGUUCCUUAGCAGUGAUUGGCCAACAACGAGGUGGGUGGAUCAGAAGAAAAACAAACAUUGCCACAGGCUUUGCCACUCUGUACCUGUCUGUCCACUGCGUACAGCUGUGUUAGGUUCUGGCAGAAAUCGGGUUUCAACUUUUUUCUUCCAUCCGCCUCUGUUUCUCCACACAACCAUGAGGACCACUGCGGUUGCUGUUGUCAUGGCGAUGCUGUGCGUGAUGAUGGUGCAUGCAGAUGUCAAGCCACAGAAGGAUUUCAACCUACAGAGGUUUGCAGGGAAAUGGUACCGUGUGGGCCUGGCCUAUGACUCUCCAGGAUUUGUCCCCUUCAGAAGCAAGCUGAAGGCCUCCAUGGGCAUCGUCACAGCACUGCCAAAUGGAAAUGUUAACCUCACUAUGUGGGAAUUAACACCUGCUGGAUGCGUGACCAAGAUGUACCACUAUGAGAGGACCACCGUACCUGGAGCAUUCACCUACUUCAGCACACGCUCCAACAUAGUGAAGGACAUCACAGUGGUGGAGACAAACUACAAUGAAUACGCUAUUGUCCUCAAACACAAGGUUUUCAACAGAGAGUACACACAGGUGGCUCUCUACGGUCGUGCUCAAAGAGUGAGCAACGAAAUCAUCCAGAAGUACAAAGCCUUCGCCCUGUCUCGUCAUUUGUCCAGAGAGUCUAUUCUAACACCUCCUCCAGCAGACAAUUGCCCACCAUCACCAACACCAGCAGGACGUUGAGUUUCCAGUAAUGAGUGUACCAAAAUAUAAUCUAUUUCUCCAUCUCUAAGCUGUUUUGUUCACUUUAUUAAAACAAACUAUGAAAUUCUAAUUCAACUGUAAAUGUUCAUAGUUUGUCUACUCUACAGUUUUGACAUAAUCAAAUAAACAUAUUUACCCCAAG